AAUCGGCAAAACGGUGGAGUCCGGAAUCAUCAACAAGAUGGGCGACCACGGCCCGGACAUGAACACGCUGGAGACUGAUUAUGUUGUGCUCAUUUCAGUUGUACCGGCCGUGUUAGGACUAACGGCGGCCGCCAUAUUGGCCGUGACGGCAUGCUUCUGUGCUCGGCGUUUCCGGCGCCAGAACAAGAAGUCGGGCCACGAAGCAUCUUCACUACCGUUCCAACCGCCCCGUCCACCGAAAGCGGUCCGUUCGCCGAGCGGUCAACCGCCCCAAUAUCUGAAGAAAUCACCGUCGCCGACCAGCAUUAAACCACUUCCGGGUCAUCUACCGGCCCAAUCGCCGACCGAGCAGACGACGGUGGUGGCAGCAAACACCACAACCACCACCACGACCACCACAACGAGCAUUGUACCGCCGACCAAGUACACCGAGGAGAACGAACUGAUCCCGAAGAAUGCGCAGCUGGAACCGAAAUCACCGGAUGUGUCGGAGAUGGGUGAUCCGGUCAGCGAGCAUGGCGAUGGCAGUGAGCACGGUAAGCUGGGCACGAUUGUGUUCAAGCUACGCUUUCUGGCCGAUCGGAGUGCGCUCGUCGUGUCGGUGGUCCGUUGCCGUGGACUGCCGGGCAAGAACCAUGGUACGGCAGUGACCGAGCUGAGUGCGGGCGGUGGUGGUGCCCUUUGCAACGGAAGCGCCAACGGAAAGCAAACGGCUACCGAUCCGUACGUGAAGUUGCAGCUGUUACCCGACAAGCAGCAUAAGGUGAAAACAAGAGUGCUGCGUAACACUCGCAAUCCGGUAUAUGAUGAGGACUUUACCUUCUACGGCUUAACACUGAACGAGCUCGCCGGCAUGUCGCUGCAUUUCGUGGUGCUGAGCUUCGAUCGGUACAGCCGGGACGAUGUGAUCGGUGAGGUAGUUUGUCCGCUGAGUGGCAUCGACCUGCAGCAGAUCGAGAACCAACAGGUGGCACUGAGCCGCGAGAUCCAACCGCGCAGUCUGAAGAUCCGGGCGCAGGGUCGUGGUGAGCUGCUGAUUUCACUCUGCUGGCAACCGGCCGCCGCACGGCUGACCGUGGUACUACUGAAGGCACGCAAUCUACCCCGCAUGGAUGUGACCGGGUUGGCGGAUCCGUACGUAAAGAUCUACCUGCUGUACAAUGGGCAGCGCAUCGCGAAGAAGAAAACCCACGUGAAGAAGCGCACCCUGAGUCCGGUAUUUAACGAAAGUUUCGCGUUUGAUAUUCCAACAACCGAGGGUGCCGGUGCCACGCUGGACGGUGUUUCGCUCGAGCUGAUGCUGCUGGACUGGGACCGGGUGACAAAGAACGAAGUGAUCGGCCGUCUGGAGUUGGGUGGACCGCGCAGCAACGGCUCGGCGCUCAACCACUGGAAGGAGGUAUGCAACUCUCCGCGUCGUCAGAUUGCCGAUUGGCACAAGCUGCGAGAAUAA